AUGAGCGAGGCGUGCAUCGGUGGCACUUGUAUUCCUAUUGAUCCCAGAGACAAGUGCCGACCGCGCUGUUUCGGCGGAGCUGCCUGUCUCAACGGUGUCUGCGUCCCCACUCGCGGUGCGGGCGCAUGCUCGCAGACUUGUGUCGAGGGCAGCGUCUGCUUCGGAGGCGAGUGUCAGCCUAUCCAAACACCCAAAGAGUGCGCACCCAACUGUGCUCGUGGAUCCGUGUGCAUCGCUGGGUUCUGCCAGCCUAUCCAGGCCCCCAUCGAUUGUGGUCUUCGUGGCCGCAACUGCCCGCUCGACACGAAUUGUUUGGCUGGCAACUGUGUGCCGAUCAGAGAUCCCAAUUCGUGCACCGACGACGGCAAGCCUUGCCCGAGUAACCACCGCUGUGUCCAGGGACAGUGCGUUCCCACGCGUGUCAGCGGCUGCAACCCAGCCUGCGAGUCUGACACGGAGAUCUGUGUUGAUGGUGUCUGUUCCGCCAUCAAGGAUCCCUCUUCCUGCGGCUCAGGAGGUGGCAAGUGUCUGCCGGGUCACAUGUGCGCAGGCGAGCAGUGUUUGCCUAUAAUCGGAUCAACUGGCUGCACUUCCAAGGGCCGAGACUGCGAAGAUGGUUUCGUGUGCGUAGCCAAGAACUGUGUGCCCGUUUCGUCUCCCAACGACUGUGGUGAGGGAGGCACUCAAUGCGCCGAUGGCGAACUUUGUCUCGCUGGCCGCUGCACGGCACAAGCACGGCCGGACCCGUCUGCUGAGUGCACCGAUCCAGCAUGCAAAACGGGCGAGAUCUGUAUCGACGGAUCAUGCACAACACUGACGGACCCUGCGGCUUGCGGAUCUUCGGGUGAGCCCUGUCCUGCUGGCACCUUUUGCCUGGGCGAUGUCUGCACACGCCUUGGCGAUCCCACCGACUGUGAUCGCAACGGCCUCACUUGCGAUGCUGGUGCCAUCUGCGCGGCAGGCACUUGUGUCCCCGCCCAGUCGCCGACCAACUGUGGUGGGCCAGGUCAAAUCUGCCCUGCUGGCCAGCAGUGUUUCGCUGGCCAAUGUCUGCAGUUCCAGGACGCCAAGGGUUGCGGCACCGGCAUUGCGUGCGGAACCGGCCAGCAGUGUAUACACGGAACCUGUGUGUCCAUCGGCGUCACACAAGACUGUGGCGACACCGGAGCGCCUUGCAAGGCCACCGAGAACUGUGUCGAGGGCUCGUGCCGACUCUUGCCUGUUACAGGAGCUUGCGGUACCACUGGAGGACCUUGCCCUGUCGGAAACAAGUGUGUUGCUGGCGCCUGCGUGCUGCCUUCGGAUCCUGUGCCGGCGGUGCUUCUGGGACGACUUGCAGCGGCGGGCGCAUCUGUCUCAACGGCGGUUGUGUUGCCGUUGAUGAUCCUGAUGGUGACUGCGGCAGCACCGGAGGGCCGUGUCCCGUCUCCUCGUUCUGUGCGAGCGGCUACGGGCCCAGAGACGCCGUGCGGACAGACCAACGAGCCUUGCCCCCGCGGCGCCACCUGUGUCGGGGGUGCUUGCUUGCCGGGAGCGGGAGACGGAGACAAUUGCGGCGACACCGGAGGCCCGUGCGAGAACGGCCUGUCUUGCAUUGCCGGCGUGUGCUUCGGCAAUGUGGACGAAGUACCAAGUCCUCCAGGUGACCUGCCUGUGUCCGGAGGAGACCAGCCUAUCCCAGGAGGAGACCAGUCUACCCCUGGAGGAGGCCAAACUGUGCCUGGAACGGAUCAACCUAUUCCUGGUGGAGACCAGUCUCUCCCAGGCCCGGUAGACGGCAUCACCAAGCCCGUCAUUCCCGGGGACGGCAGUCAGCCGAUUGGAAGCCCCGACCUCCCUAUUGUUGCUGAUCCAAACAACCCUACUACCGGUGGCGGCGGUGUUUCCGUUCCGCCCGCUACUGGUUCCACGCCGCCUGUUGACACUUGUGGCCUGCCAGACAGCGCUGUGCUGCGGGACUACUCUGCAUCGAGGACAGAUGUGUCGUUUCACGCGGCCCCCGAUGACUUCUGUGGCACGUCGGGUCAGGUCUGCCCCAUCUGGCAGACUAUGCGUGUCAGGAGCGUGCUCGGCCCAUUGCUGGGCCUUCUGAUAACUGCGGUAACACGGGAGCUCCGUGCUCCCGCAGGUCAGUUCUGUGCUGGAGAGUCAUGCCUUACCAUCGGGGCGCCCACUGACCUCUGCGGCCCCCUCGGCCGUCAUGCAUCACGACCCCCGAGGGAACUGGCUGCGGCGAGGGAGGCGCGGCCUGUGCCAACGGCUUUGUCUGUGAGAAUGCCUCAGUGCAUCAUCUCCCCUAAGGAUACCUGUGGCCCUGGUCGUGGACCCUGCCAUGAUGGUCUUGUCUGUCAAGAUGGUGUUUGCACGCCGACGGGCUUGCCCAUCGGCGGAUGCGAAGGGCUGAACACGCCUUGUGCGUCUGGUCUCAUUUGUGUGUCUGAUAUUUGCGUCGUGGACCCCGACCCAUCGACAUGUUCCGGCGCCGUUUGUGGCACAGGUGAGCUUUGCGUUCAUGGCCUCUGCAUUGACAUCCUCAAUAAUGCCUGCACUGCGGCGCCAAGGACACGCCUUGCCCUCCGAACAACAUUUGCCGUUCCGGUACCUGUGCUCCGUCCCCCCACUGCCUUUUGUGGCGACACGACGUGCGACAGCCAGCUUCAAGUUUGUGUUGAGAAUGUCUGCCUCGCCCUCUCGACAGAUCUCAACAACUGCGGUGCUGCUGGCACAACUUGCCAAGCAGGCCAGACGUGCAUUUCGGGCCAGUGCUCCGACCCGGCAGCGCCCACGGAUUGUGGUGGCGAUGUCUGCGGAACUGGCGAGCUAUGUGUUGAAGGGACAAUCUGCGUCAACUUGGCGACGGACAACAAGAACUGCGGCAGCACUGGCACAGUGUGCUCCAUUGACCAAGUCUGCGUUUUUGGCGUGUGCACUGCCCUAACAGCCCCCGUCUGCGGUCAGACCAAUUGCGCGGAAGGCCAGAUCUGCUCGUCUGCCACCUGCCUGGACGUGUUCACCGACGCGGCAAACUGUGGUGCCGAGGGCAGGGCCUGUGAGCCAUCUGGCUCGACUUGCGUUGCCGGCAAGUGUGUGCCUCCUGUUCUUGGACAGUGCGGCAGUACGACGUGUGCGGCCUUUGAAUCCUGCCGCGACGGGACGUGCUACGACCAUCUCGGCGACGUUGACAACUGCGGUGGCUUGGGCAAGUCUUGUUCGGGCACUUGUGUGUCUGGAAACUGUGUGCCCCUGCCUGCAGUUGAGCCGAACCAACCUCGUCAAAUCACCGACACGCUGAACCAGGUCGUCAACGACGCUCUCGGACCCAGUGGCCUCGUACCAAGUCUUCUCGAUAACAUUGGCAAGGGACAGACGAGCAACCUCGUCCCCGACAUCAUCAAGGGUGCCUUGGGUGACGGAACUUCUACUGGCGGCGGCCUCCUUCCUGGCAUACUGGACAACCUCGUCAACCAGGGCGCUAUUCCUCCAGCGGCUGUCACUGAUCUUAUCGGACCCAACGGUUCGCUUCCUCCGCUCGUAGACAGUCUCCAGGACAGCAUCGCCAAGGACAGCACAGGCAACAUUACCAACACGGUGCUGCCGCCUCUCCUAGAGGGCCUUAUUGGCGACGGCACUACCGAGGGCGCUGGUCUCAUUCCAGGCCUUCUCGACGACAUCAGCAAGGGAAAUCUCGGCAAUGUCUUGCCUGGCCUCAUCGACGGCUUGAUCGGCAGUGGCACACCCGGACAGGGCACCGUUGGUAUCCUCCCGCCGCUCAUCACCGAUAUCCUUGGCCCUGCUGCGGAUAACCCACUUGGAAACAUCGGCACUAUCGUCCCCGGAGGCCUGGGCGCUGCUAUCGGCAACGUCACGACGCCAGAGCAGCUUCAGGAGGUCCUCCCUGGUGCCGUUGGAGACUUGCUCAACGGAACUCUGCCCGAAGAUGUCGUGAACGGCGUCAUCGGUGGACUCAACAACACCGUUACCAUUCCCAACACCGGCACUGUCCCCGCGACCAACCUUCCCGGCGAUGCAGUCGGCGGGCUUCUGGAUGAACUCCUUAACAACGCGACUUCACCUGACGUUCCCAACAUUCCUGCGGCCUCCGGACCCCUGAUCGACUCUUUGCUCAAUGGCAAGCCUCCGGUGAACACCCUCCCCGUCAUCCCCGGCGGAUCUACGGGAGAACUUCCCGUCGUCGGCGGACUUGUAGAAAAUGGAACGCUGCCUGCCAACAUCACUGGCGAUACUGUAGUGGGCGCUAUCAUUGGUGGCCUGCUCAACAAUGGCACGGUCCUUCCAGGCUCGCCGACGGCUGAACUCCUUGAUGGCCUGACGGGCGGUCUUACGGGCAACAACGCCUCCGUGCCCGACACACCUGCUGGUAAUCUUGGAUCAACCCUCGGCGGGCUCAUCAACGCGACUGCGCCCAUAGGCUCAGCAGCCGGCGACCUCCUGACGGGCUUGAUCGGCGGUGUCACUGGAAACAAUACGGACAUCACCCCCAAGAAUCCUGCAGGAGCCGUUGGUACCAUUGUCGGUGAUCUCAUCAAAAACGGCACAACGCUGCCGGGUACGCCCCUUGGUGACGCCCUCGGCGGCAUCACUGGCCCGAACCCUCCUACAGGCAACGAGUUGGGCGAAUGUCUUGAUGAUCUCCUUCCCAACGGCCCACCUGCUGGUAUUCCGGCAAUUCCCACUCCCGAGGAACUCGAAGGCCUCGUCGAGGGUCUCAAGCCCGUGGUGACGGCACCUGGGGUUAUUCCUCCGUCAGGUGGAUUCAUCGGCGGUAUCAUUGGCGGCGUCCUGAACAACGGCACCGGGAUCGGCGCGCCCGAGCUCCCAACCAUCGGCAUUAACCUGCCCGCUCUGAUCGAUUUUACCUUGGGAGGCACCAACGUGACUGGCUCGGAUGUGCCCGGGCUCAAUGUUACUCUGCCUGCCAUUUUCGAAGGUCUUCUGACAAAAUGGCACCAUUGA